AGUGUUUUGGCAAUUUGAUUUGAUUGGAAUCAAAAUCAGAGAGGAGAGGCUUUUGACUAAGCAGAGAAACUUUUUUAUAUCUUCAUUCAUUCAUCUCCCGUGGCCCAAAUCACAUAUUCCUAUGUAAGCAGUAAGGCAGAAGCCAGUAAGGACACAUUGAAAUGGUUAAGACGCCUCAUCCUCUUCUAUAAAUCAUUGAUUUCCCAUUUCAAGCGUCUCUUUCGGCACCCUAGAGCAGAGGAACCUUCUCUCUUCCUCUCUCAUUCUAAACCCUCUCUUCUCACAUGGCUUCACCUUCGCCCUCCCAGGCUAGCCUUCUUCUCCAGAAACAGCUUAGAGAUCUCUGCAAAAACCCCGUUGAUGGGUUCUCAGCUGGCUUGGUUGACGAAAACAACCUUUUCGAAUGGAGCGUAACGAUUAUAGGGCCUCCUGAUACUUUAUACGAAGGGGGCUUUUUCAAUGCCAUUAUGAGCUUUCCUCAGAAUUACCCAAAUAGUCCUCCCACAGUGAGAUUUACCUCAGAGGUGUGGCAUCCAAAUGUAUAUGCUGAUGGGAAAGUUUGCAUUUCAAUUCUUCAUCCCCCUGGUGAUGAUCCAAAUGGCUAUGAACUUGCUAGUGAGCGUUGGUCACCUGUCCAUACGGUGGAGAGUAUCGUUUUAAGUAUUAUAUCCAUGCUUUCAAGCCCUAAUGAUGAAUCACCUGCAAAUGUGGAAGCUGCUAAAGAAUGGAGAGAUAAUAGGGAUGAAUUCAGGAAAAAGGUGAGCCGUUGCGUAAGGAAGUCACAAGAAAUGAUGUAACAGUCUUGAACAAAGAACUGAUAUAUGGCUCAGUAAGAGGGGAGAACAGUGUGUCUACUCAGUCUUUGCUGGUGGUCGACCCACAUGAUGUAGAAUUGCUAGCGGGGGCCGGAUCCGUUUUUUAGUUUUCUUUACAUUUUCUUGACAUACUUUUUAAGGGUCAGCUUCAUUUUAACAAUUUUGGGAUUUGUUUGAGUUGAUUAUGAUGGAACUAUGUGAUUGCUGUUAUAUGUGUACUCAUAUUAUGUUGCAAUUAAUGUUGUGCUUUAAUCAAGUGGCUGUAUUUGGUCAUUUCUGGCCCUUGUCUCUUUGCUAGUUGUGCAUACUGCUAAGUGCGGAAGCCUGGUUCCGGUAGGAUUUAUUUAUGUUUCUUGCAAUGUUUGACUAACAGCUUACUUUUUCACUUUAUCUAUCACUUCACUUUUUACUUUCCGUGGAUU